AUGCCUCACAUCCUCGCGCUAAGUCCGGAGCUCUUGCACCAGAUCUGCGCACAUCUCGAUCGCCCUGCUCUCCACAGCCUCACGUUAACGUGCCGCAAACUUCAACUAUGCGCCGAAAUCACCCUUUACCGCGAAAUGACCGUUACCGUUGUCCAGGCAGUGCGCAUGUUCCAACUCUUCGACAAAUUCCCUAAGCUGGCCGACCGGGUGGAGUCACUUACCAUUACCGAAGGACCGUAUGACUACGCUAUGGCGCCAGGUUGGGACGAUAAGAGGAAACCCUGCAAACUGUUUCCCGAGUGGGAUCAUCAACGUCUUUCCCCUGUCAUAAAGAAUAUGCUCAAUGAGGCCUGGAAUUACGAUAAUUAUAGUGACAAACUCUUGGAUACCAGGUAUCGCAUAUCGCACGAACUGAUUGCCGAACUGCUACCUAGAUUGACCACAAAGGUGUCUCGGUUAACAAUGUCGCUGAAUCCAAGAGCCGGCACCUGCGCGUUCAAGAGACGGGGAACCUUCCCCAGCCAAUAUCCUCCGCUCUGGUUCCCGGUCCUUGACCAACUCCACACAUUAGAGAUGGAGUUUUCACAUUUGACGUGGGAGUUCGCAGGGCUAGCCAUUGUACUGAGAACGAAGACCCUUAAGACUUUGACGUUGAACGUUCCCUAUCUAUAUGACUCCACGAUCCCAAGGCAUAAACUGGUCAAGGAUUUUCGCGAGGUGAGAGAAGGUUGUGCUGUUGAAGAGCUCAAUCUCAAGUGGCUCGAGUGUGAGUCGGUGCCUGUAAAUGAUGGCCCCGACUGCAUGGUUGCCAUAAUCUCUCCGGUGUGUCGACGGCUGAAGCGCUUCACACUGCAAAGGCAGUGCGACGAGGGGGUUUACGCUCGCAGCUUGCACAUAACCUCCAGGUUGAGAAAGAACUGCCCCGACCUCGAAGCCAUCGAGUUAUGGAAUUGGGACGAGAGCGGAUUCUCCGUAGACCUUGGUUGGUUCGAUGAUUUCGCGCGGUUGAAGCGAGUCGUUGUGCCCGCCUGGGCUUUGCAUGAGGAGACGCUCUGGGAAAUCGGCGAGGGAGAGAAGGAGACAGUGGACUUUAGGGGCGACUGGCUGGAGCUGGUGCGAGCGGAAGACGGCUUCCAAUUUUCUCGGUACAUGGCGCAGGGCUCGCGGGACCACGGUGCUAUUGUUGAGGACGACACAGAGCCAUCCUACAGUGUCAUUCCUGAGAUGAAGAUUUGCGCGGCGUGCAUCUGUAUGUGCUGCUUCUUGAUUCUUCUUGAGCUGUUGAGCUCGGGAAUUGAGAAUCGGGUUCAAGAAGUUAGGCUUACCAUAGGGUGGGCAUCAGCACUGCAGCAGUCGGUUACACUACCUUGA